AUGACUGACGCGUUGACAUUCACCGUGAACGCAGAUCGCGUCGGUUUCGAUUUCGCCGAACAUUAUUAUGCCGUGAUGCGGACAACACCGGAAUACGCAAACCAGUUUUACGACGAUUUUGGGGAGUACCGGACAAUCUAUGAAGACGGGACAGGGGUCGUGGCCAGAAACCGAUUGGAGAUGAAAGAGGUUCUGUUGCGACCCAAGUCCGCGCCUGAGUUAACAGUUAACUCCAUUAUUUCGGUACCCUGUGGAGGAUCGCUAGACCGACUGCUGGUCACAGUGACUGGCGAUUGUUUUACGCAUGUUUUCGUGGCGGAGAAACGUCCAGAACGUCUGCUAACUUACGCCAUUGUGGCGUCUGUAACUCAACAUCUUUCUGCCGGAGCAGCCGCUGACCGGUCGACAAUAGCAAGAACGUUCGCUGCAGGUGACUUUUGUGCAGACACUGGCGCUGAUGACACACCGACCGCUGGUUUAAAAGCGCAGGAACACGUAAGAUUAUCCAAAAAUAGAGCCACUUCUUACGAACCCCUUCCUGAUACUGUCACCGAUAACGGGCAACCCGAUAUCACUGAUGAAAACCCGCUGCUGAGAAUCCUAAACAUACCCAAUCCCGCCGAAUACACAAUUCAUAGUGAAUCUCUUCCUGAUACCUUAACAGAAAACAUUCCGAUCGCAGGUGUUAAAGCAAAGAAACAAGUACGAUUUGCCCAAAAUAUAGCCACUUACUACGAACCUCUUGUCGAUACCGUCAACGAUAUAGUGCAACCCGAUAUCACAGAUGAUAACCUGAUGCUCGAAAUGUUAAAGGACAUAUUUCUUCACACACCUCCUCCUGAAAUCGAAACCUCCUACAAACUUUCGUCUCCGGAUUACGUCACAGAAAACAUGCCGCUCAGCAUUUUAAAUCACAUUUUUCUCAACAUACCUCCUCCUAAAAUCGAGACUUUCCGCGAACUCAUCCCUCCAAAUACUGCCACCAGUAAUUUAAAUAUCAAUUUGGCCGAAAUAAAUCCACCUAGAAUCUUAACCCGCAUAUCCUAUCACUCCAAAAUCACCACUUAUCCCCAACCAUUUCAAAACACCGUUAGAUACCAAGUUCCCUUCAGNACAUACCCGAUCCCGCCGAAUACACAAUCGAAAACAUUCCGAUCACGGAUGUAAAAGCAAAGAAACAAGUACGAUUUGCCCAAAAUAUAGCCACUUACUACGAACCUCUUGUCGAUACCGUCAACGAUAUAGUGCAACCCGAUAUCACAGAUGAUAACCUGAUGCUCGAAAUGUUAAAGGACAUAUUUCUUCACACACCUCCUCCUGAAAUCGAAACCUCCUACAAACUUUCGUCUCCGGAUUACGUCACAGAAAACAUGCCGCUCAGCAUUUUAAAUCACAUUUUUCUCAACAUACCUCCUCCUAAAAUCGAGACUUUCCGCGAACUCAUCCCUCCAAAUACUGCCACCAGUAAUUUAAAUAUCAAUUUGGCCGAAAUAAAUCCACCUAGAAUCUUAACCCGCAUAUCCUAUCACUCCAAAAUCACCACUUAUCCCCAACCAUUUCAAAACACCGUUAGAUACCAAGUUCCCUUCAGCGUAUUUCAGCCGUUGAGAAACGUACCUAUGCAAAUAGGACCAAUGAUUACACAACCGAAUUUUCUAUUUACUGUCAAUGGUGGGGCGCACCAACUAUGGGUGAACCCUUAUAUUCAGCCUCGAAAUUUCCAUUUACCACCAAGCGUGCACCGCACUAAUAACGUGUGUAUACCGACAAUACGUCGGGGAUGA